AUGUCAAAGCAUCGAGAAUUUGCCAAAAGGAAGAAAAGAAUAGCAAGUGAACUCUGUGACAAAGAAAAGCUGAGUGAUUCAUUUCUAGUCAUCGGAGAAUCAUACCAGAAGCUCAGAAACUUCAACAAAGCCCUUAAAUGGUACACAAAAAGUUGGGAGACAUACAAGUCAAUUGGCAACUUGGAGGGGCAAGCAUUAGGAAAGAUCAAUAUUGGAGAUGUUUUGGACUCUGAUGGUAAUUGGGCAGGUGCUUUGGAUGCAUUUGAGGAGGGUUACAGGCAAGUUUCUCCUUUCUUGGGGUGGAUUUCACUUGGAAACCUAGCAUUAAAUAUCCCAGUAUUUUUGCAUUCAAUGGAAAUUGCUGCAAGACCUGUAAAUAAUGAAAAGAUUGCCCUUCAAGCAAACCUUCCUUCUGUCCAGCUUUCUGCACUGGAGAAUAUGCAUUACAGUCAUAUGAUAAGGUUUGACAAUGUUGAAGAAGCCAGUUCGUUUUAUUUUGCUGAAAUAAAGAUGCUCCUACGUAGGAGGUUGCAAUCGCUGAUAGACAAAUUGAAGCUGGCAAAAACAAGAGAGCCCGAUGUACAAGGUAUGGUGUCUGACUGCUGCUCUGAAACGGAAACAGAGGGAGACAAUCAAUUGUCAAAUGGUAGGUCUGAUGUGAGCUGUUCACCAGUAGUAAGUAAACCCCUUUCCAUCAGACCAAAAUCUUACGUCAGGGAAGAAGAGUCAAAGGAUGAUGUACCCUUGGUUUCACUUCUCCGUGGUAAAAACUCAGUGUUACCAAAAACUGCCGGCGUAGCAAAACCUAUUAUUUCUACCACGGGAACCGAAGCUUCGUCAAGAAGCAUGUCUAGAUCUACUGGUAGUCAGACAGCUGUCGGUAGAAAACGUGUCCGCUUAAUCCUUUCUGAUGACGAAGGUGAAACACACGUUGAGGUACCGUGCUCUAGAGUAAGAGUUCGUGCACGUCCAUCUGAAGAUGUUGCCACCUCCGGUGAAUUUCUGAGCAGAAAUGAUCCAAGUAGUCCUGCUCUUGAAUUCCAGGAUGUUUCACCAGUUGCCUCAAAAUGUGCUAUCAGUGGUUGUACGCCCAAUAAGGAUGAAAGCAUCUGCUCCUACAAAAAUAGGAGUUCUUCUAACCUAGAUGUUCAUGAUGGAAAAUAUUUCAGAUUUUCAAACACCAAUGAAGUUGUGGAUACUUCCAAUACUGGUGCAAAUGGCUCCAAAUCUGAUGCUGACGUCUCUGGAAACCUGUUACAUAAAAAAAAUACUUCCAACUUCAGUUUGCAUGCUUGUCAUGUUGAACACUGUCAACAUAUAAUCUUCAGAAUUGAUGAAGACUUUGUACAUGUUGAAAUGCACUCAUGUAUGGUUGGUGAUAAGCUCAGCAUAGAGCAUAUGAAGGUUGAAGUGGCCUGCUUAUACUACUUACAACUCCCUGCUGAGAAAAGAUCGAGGGGCCUGCUACCGGUCAUUCAGCAUUUCACAUGUGGUGGAAGAGCUCUAGAAUCCUUGGAAGUAAUGGAUUCACUUAAGGAUCAAUCAAGGGAAAAAGGCUGGAUUGAAGUCUCCAUUAGUGGUAUGUCCCUAGUACAAUUGUAUUGCAUUCUAUGUGUGGAUAUGCAGAUAUGA